AUUCAUGGCUUCUGCAACCUCGUGUUUCUCUGCCAGAGUUGGGUCCUUUGCACUAGUGUCCUUGUUGUGUUUCAAUUUGGGUAACAGCCUCUUGUUUCCCCAUAACUAUCUGUUUUAGUGGCUUCUACAGUACCUAUCACAACAGUCCCCAAAAUGCUCUCUGUCUCUGCUGCGUUAAAUGUAUACAGCAUCUUUUACUUUCCAUCCUAUGCUAUACAUUACUAUACAUUGUGAAAAGGCUCCUGUGCAUCUCCCCUAAGGUAGCUGCAUCUCAGAUGGGGGGCUAAGCAAUUGCUGCUGGAAUGAUCAGUAAUGUGGAGAAGUGCUUUGGGGGGGGUCUCUUUAGCUGAAAUGUACUGUGGAAAUACAUGAUCAUUAUAAUCUUCAUUAACUACUUUACAGAUUAUUUCGUGCUCUGAUGCCUAUUUCUUGCGCAAGUGUAGCAGCUGAUUGUAUAAGCUUCAUGUCAUUGUGUACCUAUGUAGAGUAUCUGCAAUCAAGGUUGAGACUUUAGCCAAGAUGUCUCGAGAGACUGGAAAUGAAUCCCAGCAAUCUCAAGGUGCCCAGCAGUCUCAGGGUGGUACAAGUUCUUCCUCCAGUGGAUCACAGAGUGCCAGUCAGUCUUCUUCCAGUUCUGGGACCCUCAGUUCUUUGGACACAGUUCCUACUCAGGAACUUCCUUCAAUUCCUGAGGAUCAGGAACCUGAAGAAAUCGUUCCUCAGCCAUGGGGUCGACUCUUUGCACUUGGAAAGAGUUUCUGCAAUUAUGACUGCGUGAAUGACGAGUGUUGGUUUGGCAGAGACAGAAGCUGUGAUUAUAGCUUUGCUAAGCUAGGGUUGACCGAGACAGGCUUAUACCAAAACUACAGCAAGAAGCACUUCCGAAUCUUCAGGGAAAUGGGACCAAAAAACUCCUAUGUUGCCUACAUUGAGGACCACAGUGCAAAUGGGACUUUUGUAAAUAAAGAGCUCAUUGGGAAAGGGAAAAGGCUCCCAUUGACUCACAAUUCUGAAAUUGCACUGUCUGUACAGACUAACAAAGUGUUUGUAUUUUCUGAUCUUAUGGUGGAUGAUCAGUCGGGGUAUCCCAGAGAAUUGAGAGAGAAAUAUAUUAUGUCAAAGACUUUGGGAAGUGGUGCCUGUGGAGAGGUUAAAUUGGCAUUUGAGAGGACCACGUGUAACAAAGUUGCUGUAAAGAUAAUCAAUAAACGGAGAUUUAUAACAAGCGCUGUGAGAGACACAGAUCCAGCUUUUAAUGUUAAUACAGAAAUUGAGAUUUUGAAGAAAAUAAAUCAUCCCUGCUUAAUCAAGAUAAAAAACUUCUUUGAUGCAGAAGAUUAUUAUAUUGUUUUGGAAUUGAUGGAAGGAGGAGAGUUAUAUGACAGAGUGUCGAGAUCAACCAAGAUGAAAGAAGCUACUUGCAAGCUCUAUUUUUAUCAGAUGCUGUUGGCUGUAAAGUAUCUUCAUGAAAAUGGUAUUAUACAUCGGGAUCUGAAGCCGGAGAACGUGCUACUUUCAUCUUCUGAGGAAACUUGUCUUAUAAAGAUUACAGAUUUUGGACAAUCCAAGAUUCUUGGAGAAUCAUCACUUAUGAGAACGUUAUGUGGUACUCCCACGUAUCUCGCCCCUGAAGUUCUCAAUUCACUUGGGACAGCUGGGUAUAGCCGUGCUGUGGAUUGCUGGAGUUUAGGAGUUAUUCUUUUUGUAUGCCUGUGUGGAUAUCCACCAUUCAAUGAACAAAAUACUGAGCUAUGUCUGAAAGAUCAAAUUACCCGUGGAGAAUACACAUUUAUUCCAAGAGAAUGGAAGCAUGUGUCAGAUAUGGCUUUGGAUCUUGUGAAGAAGCUGUUAGUAGUGGAUCCAAAUAAACGUCUUACAACGGAAAAAGCCUUAGAACAUCCCUGGCUUCAGGAUGAAAGUAUGAAGAGCACAUUUCAAGAGCUACUCUCACAAACAAGAGUCUCUAUGCAUCCGCCACAGACAUCAAGACUGCCAACCACAACCCGAAAACGUCCCCAUGAAAAGGAAGAGGAAUCUGGCUCUUCUAAGCACGCUGUUCCUUCUACGUCAUUUCAGGAAAAAAAGUGAAGUGAAGGGAAAGUAAACUUACUUGAAUUGCUGCUUUUGUCUACGGAUUAUACAGAUUUUUAUAAGAAAUGUUUUUCUCUUAAUAAUGGAAUAAUUGUUCUGUACUAAUCAUUGAUAAAUAAAAAUAACUUUGUAAGAA